AUGGCUGCAAAAGAAGGAGGAAUUGUAAAGAAAGGUCACGAAGAGGGUUUGAAAAUGGCGGUGUCACUCCUCGAAGAAUUCGAGUUGCCAGUCGGACUCCUCCCCAUAGCUGAUGUGGUCGAGGUUGGAUUCGUUGGUGCCACUGGCUACAUGUGGAUUGUGCAAAAGAAAAAGAUCGAGCACAAUUUCAAGUUGAUAAGCAAACUUGUUAGUUAUAGCACUGAAAUCACGGGUUACAUGGAGAAGAAACGUAUCAAGAAAUUGAAGGGUGUAAAGGCUAAGGAGCUCAUGUUGUGGCCACCGGUGAGCGAGAUCAUCCUCGAUGACCCGCCCACCGGAAAGAUCCAAUUCAAGAGCUUGGCAGGCAUCACUAAGACCUUUCCUGUAGAAGCCUUUGCAGCUGGCCAGUGA